AUGGAAGACGAUUUGAAACAUUUUGAUCAACCUCAGGAGACGUUACGGAAAAUGGCAUAUCCAAAAAUUGAAGCAUCUAGAAAAAUAGGAGUUCGGGAACCCAAGACAUCAAACAUUCAACAAUCCGAAAUGGUCCAGUUUCAAAAAUCGUUCGAAAAAAAUUUCGAAUCAAUCCAAAAUCGGUUUUCAAUAUUUUGCAACCAGUUUUUCUCUUGCAGGGGCUAUAAAACUUUUCCAGAAACUUUUAUAGUUUUUCAACAAGAAAAAACGAAACCAUUGGCAUCUGGCAAGAUCGAGAAUUCUUGCAGGUCUUGCAAGAAAUUUUCGGGACUUGUCUUGUCUUGUCUCGCAUAA